AUGUUCAUAUCUUUUCAGUACGGGUUCAUCAACAGCUGCCUCCAGUCUCUGGUGAUGGAGAAGUUUGGCAAGGAGACCUGGGACCAGCUCAGUUCUCUUCCAGGGGUCCAGGAGUCCUUCAUGACCUACAUGGUGUACGACGACCAGCUGACGGUCCACCUGGUGCAGGAGGCCUGCUCACUGCUGGACGUCUCUGCCGAGGUGUUCCUGAAGCUCUUUGGAGAGCACUUCUUCGGCUUCUGUAAGAAGGCCGGCUACGACACCAUGCUGAGGACGCUGGGAGGGAGUCUCAUCGACUUCAUCGGGAACCUGGACUCUCUGCACAGCUACCUGGCUCUGUCCUACAAGGAAAUGAAUGCUCCGUCUUUCCGAGUGGAGAUGACUGACGAUGGGAUGAUGCUCCUUCACUACUACUCUGAUAGGAAGGGCCUGCACCACAUUGUACCUGGGAUCAUUGAGGCGGUGGCCAAAGACUUCUUUGACAGCACAGUGACCAUGAGGGUUCUGAACCAGUCGGAGGAAGACGAGCGCACAGGGAAGAAGGAGCACGUGGUGUUUCUGGUGGAACAGACCAGCCCGGCGAGCAGGAGUCCAGACCAGCACCGAGGGGAGGACUUAUUGAGAACCAUGAGGGACCGCUAUGCAUCGCUGGCGGGGACCCGGAGCGGCUGGGACCUGAUCCGAGCUCUGGUCUUCUCAGGUAAAGGGACACCCCACUGCGCCUCCUUCAGGCCCUGCUACCCGGACAGGCUGUGGGUGGAGGAGGAGGCCUUCUGCAGAGCCUUCCCCUUCCACAUCGUCUUCGAUGAGGACCUGAAGGUCAGGCAGAUGGGGGUGAACAUACAAAGGUUCCUCCCAGGCCUCCAGGCCACCGAUGCUACAAUGGACCAAGUCUUCACCAUCAUUCACCCUCAGGUGACGUUUACCAUUGAGAGCAUCAGGAAAUUCAUCAACAGUCAAUUUGUCUUGAAGAGUUGCAAAGACACACACUCCACGCUGAAACUAAGAGGGCAGAUGCUGUGGAUGGAGUCUCUCUCCUGUAUGUUGUACCUGUGUUCUCCGAAGCUCCGGAGCCUUCAGGAGCUUCAAGAUGUCGGCCUCUACCUGGCUGACCUGGCCCAGCACGACGUCACCAGAGACCUGAUUCUCCUCAACCAGCAACGUCUAGCUGAGAUGGAGCUCACCAACCAGCUGGAGAGGAAGAAAGAAGAACUGAUAAUCCUGUCGCAGAACCUGGAGGCUGAAAAGAAGAAGACAGAGACUCUGCUGUACGCCAUGUUGCCUCGUCACAUAGCCAACCAGCUCAAAGAGGGGAACAGCGUGGAGGCCGGGGAGUUCGAGGUGUGCACCAUCCUGUUCAGCGAUGUGGUGACCUUCACCAGCAUCUGCGCCGCCUGUGAGCCCAUCCACAUUGUCCACCUGCUCAACUCCAUGUACUCCAAGUUUGACCGGCUCACCAGCAUACGACAUCUACAAGCCAACUCAAUACUGUGUGUGUGUGUAUUAAAGGUGGAGACUAUUGGUGAUGCAUACAUGGUGGUGGGUGGUGUCCCCAUCCCCACAGGAAGCCACGCCCACAGAGUGGCGAACUUUGCUCUAGGCAUGAGAAUCGCUGCCCGAGAGGUCCUCAACCCUGUGACAGGACAGCCCAUCCAGAUCCGCGUGGGUCUCCAUACGGGUCCAGUCUUAGCCGGGGUGGUGGGGGAGAAGAUGCCCCGAUACUGCCUGUUUGGAGACUCCGUCAACACCGCCUCCAGGAUGGAGAGUCACGGGCUGCCCGACCACAUUCACCUGAGCGCCUCCACCUACAGGGCCCUGAAGGAUGCUGGGUUCAGCAUACAGGAGCGGGGGCAGAUUGAGGUGAAGGGCAAAGGGCUGAUGACCACGUACUUCCUCAUGGGGAACCUGCUGCUGUCUGAAGACGGCAUCAUGGGAAGAGAGGUGGGCGGGGCCAGUCUCUACAGGGAGGACCUGUGUGGCCAGAGCAGCAGCGAAUCUGAGGUGAGAAGCGAGUCUGAACCCAGAGACACGGACUCCGAUGGAGCCGUUGCACCGGACCUGAGUCCACCGGACCCGAUGGCCCCGUUCUCCUGGGACAUCAGCCCCCCUUUUGAGAUUGCAGACACCGGCUCCCACACAAUGACCGGCAACUUCUACAGCAGACUGUGUGUUGUUGUGACUCUGCACACACAGUAA